AUGGAUUCGUGUCAUCAUGGAUUUGUGAUUGAGGACGCGAACAUGGCAGCGAACGUUGUUUGUCCUGCAGGUGACGGAGGUGACACGCUUCACGUUCACGUGUCUUUGCCCAGUGGCCACUCCACCAGCAUCUCCACAGAUUCGUCGACGCGGGUCCUGGACCUCAAAACUGCUGCACAGGAAGCCUUUGGAGUGCAGUUCUUACAACUCACGUUCAAUGGACGCCUAUUGGAGGUAUCUCAGCAUCUGUCAGAGCUGGGCCUAUCGAGUGGCGAUACCUUGAUGGCUACCAUUGUCACUCCACAAAUUGUCGCAUCGGCGGGUGCCGUUGCCCUGUGCUGUGCUGGUCAGGUCGUGACUUGGGGAGAGCCGCAAUGCGGGGCUGACAGUAGGAUGGUCCGAGAUGAGUUGAAAGAUGUGCGGCAGAUUGUGGCAUCCCUCUCAUCCUUUGCAGCCAUUUUAGCGGAUGGCUCCGUCGUGUCGUGGGGCGAUCCCAGAAGUGGUGACAGCAGCAUGGUGAAAGAUCAGUUGAAGAAUGUGCGACAGAUCUGUGCUUCUUGUAGUGCGUUUGCCGCCCUUUUGGCCGACGGGUCAGUUGUGACAUGGGGUGCUCCAGAGUGUGGUGCUGAUAGCAGUAAGGUCCAGGACCAGCUUCAGCAUGUGCAGCAGCUCCAUGCUUCUUCGAGCGCCUUCGCUGCCCUUUUGGAAGACAAAUCUGUUGUGACAUGGGGUUAUGGUGAAUGCGGUGGUGACAGCAGGAGCGUUCAGGAUCAACUGAGGCAAACUAAACAGAUUUGCUCCCACUAUGGGCAAGAUUCUUUCGCAGCAAUCUUGUCUGAUGGCUCUGUUGCUACAUGGGGUUACCCUCCGGGUGGUGGUGACAGCAGGCGUGUCCAGCAUCAACUCAAGAAUGUACAGCAUCUUCAAGCCUCAUGGUGUGCCUUCGCAGCCAUUUUGGAAAAUGGAUCCGUGGUCACUUGGGGCGGCAAAGAUUAUGGGGGCGACAGCAGUGCAGUCCAGCAUCAACUGAAGAGUGGGGUCGUCGAAAUCAGUGCAGCCAGCGCGGCAUUUGCGGCGCUUCGGGCAGAUGGGUCGGUAGUGACCUGGGGAAGUCCACAGCAAGGUGGUGACAGUAGCAGUGUCCAAGAUCAGCUGCAGAAUGUCCAAGCGAUCCAAGCGUCGUUUGGCGCCUUUGCGGCUCUGUUGAGCGACGGUUCGGUGGUCACUUGGGGUGAUCCACAGGAUGGAGGUGACAGCAGUGCAGUGAAACACCAGCUGAAGAAGGUCCGUUGGAUCCAGGGGAUCUACAAAGCCUUUGUGGCAGGUUUGAACGAUGGAUCUCUGGUGACCUGGGGUGAUCCCAAAUGUGAUGCAAGUGCACUUGCAGGCCAUUUUCGAUUGCUUUGA